AUGGAACCUCUCUCUUCCUAUUUCUUUUCAAAAUUUCAACAUCCAACCAAUAUUCCCUUUCCUAGCACUGCCGCGAACCACCUUUUAACACCUUUGAGACCGCCUAGGAUUUCUCCGUUGAAUUUUUCAUCGGUUAGAAAUGAAGAAAGACCACAAGAAAGUGAAACUAUUACAAUUCAGCCUCUAAGAAAGGUGACGAAGUGCACUGGACAGCUUAGUACAAAAAGAUCAUCAAUUCAAGGAACAGAACUGGUAGAAACAAGAUUAAAGCCAUCAUUAUUUACAUUUAUCUUUAACUCCCUUGAUCGCUUCAUAGCUGAGUUUCUUGAUCCGCCCCUUCGCCCCUCCAUUGAUCCAAAAUAUGUUCUUUCGGGAAACUUUGCACGGGUAGAUGAGCUUUCCCCCACAGAGUCUGAGGUGAUCCAAGGCUACCUUCCAUCGUGCCUUGAUGGUGCAUACAUUCGUAAUGGCCCCAAUCCUCAGUUCAUUCCAUGUGGCCCUUACCAUCUCUUUGAUGGUGAUGGAAUGCUUCACUCAAUAAGAAUCUCUCAAGGCAAAGCCACCUUCUGUAGCCGCUAUGUGGAAACGUAUAAAUACAUGGUUGAACGCAGAAUUGGCUCACCAGUGUUUCCUAAUCUGUUCUCUGCUUUCAAUUGCCUCGCGGCCUCUCUGGUGCGUUGUGCGGUCACUGCAGCCCGAGUACUCACCGGACAGUUCAAUCCCAUCAAUGGCAUUGGCCUGGCAAACACAAGUUUAGCUCUUUUUGGAGGAAAUCUCUUUGCAUUAGGCGAGUCCGAUCUACCUUAUGCUGUUAAAGUUACGUCAGAAGGUGAUAUAAUCACUUUAGGCCGCCAUGAUUCUUUCGGGAAGCCAUUCUCGACUAUGACAGCGCAUCCCAAAAUCGAUUCAGAUACAGGUGAAGCCUUCGCCUUCAGAUACAGCAGCACUAUGCCUCCAUUCUUGACCUUUUUCAGAAUCAGUGCCAACGGAAUUAAACAAAAGGAUGUCCCAAUUUUCUCAAUGAAAAAGGCCUCAUUUAUUCAUGAUUUUGCUCUUACAAAAAAUUAUGCAAUAUUUCCUGAGACACAAAUAGGGAUGAACCUUAGUGAAAUUAUCAAAGGAAGAUCGCCAAUGGGGGUUGAUCCGAAUAAAGUGCCACGGCUAGGGUUUAUACCACGAUAUGCUGAGGAUGAAUCCGAAAUGUGGUGGAUUGACGUGCCCGGACUCACUAUACUUCAUGUUAUUAAUGCGUGGGAGGAAGAUGACGGUAACACAAUAGUCCUUGUCGCGCCAAAUGUAUCACCGGUUGAGCACAUCUUCGACAACAUGGAUAUGAUCCAUUUUUCAUUGGAAAAAAUUACAGUAGACAUCAAGGCAGAGACUGUAUCAAGGCAUCCUGUUUCAACCAAGAGUCUAGAGUUCGGAGUGAUUAAUUCCGCUUAUCUCCGGAAGAAGAACAAGUAUGUGUAUGCAGCAAUUGGAGCUCCAAUGCCGAGAGCAGCAGGGGUGGUGAAGGUAGACUUAACGCUAUCUGCCGAGACAGAGUGCGGCGGCUGUGUAGUGGCUAGCCGCCUAUAUGGGACAGGCUGCUACGGAAGUGAACCAUUUUUCGUGCCGAGAGAGCCCAAUAAUCCAGAGGUCGAGGAGGACGACGGUUAUGUGGUGACGUAUGUACAUAAUGAGAACUCGAACCAGUCAAGUUUCUUGGUCAUGGAUGCUAAGUCCCCGAGUCUUGACAUUGUUGCAGUUGUUAAGUUACCAGGGAGGGUACCCUAUGGCUUCCAUGGACUCUUCGUGCCUGAAAGUGAUCUUAAUAAGCUGUAA